AUGGACGUCGCUGCUGCGAUACAGAAUUAUGUGUCGAAGAUUGCGGGGCCCGGUGAGGGCGUGGCCGCGAGUCAGUCCUCCAAGAUGAAGAUCCUUCUCCUCGACAGCGAGACUGUUUCUAUCGUGUCAACGGCAAUCACACAGUCGGCGCUACUCAAGCACGAAGUGUUCCUCAUCGAUCGCAUAGACAACGCUGCACGCGAACGAAUGAGGCAUCUGCGAUGUCUCUGCUUCGUGCGACCAUCACCCGACUCGGUGCAGUAUCUGAUAGACGAGCUACGAGAACCGAAGUACGGCGAAUACAAUAUCUACUUUAGCAACAUAAUACGGAAGUCAAGCCUAGAGCGACUGGCUGAGGCAGACGACCAUGAGGUCGUCAAGGCGGUACAGGAAUACUUUGCGGACUAUACGGUGGUCAAUCCAGAUCUUAUGUCCCUAAACCUGGGCUUCCCAAAGCAGAGGUUAUGGAGCCACAGUCCAGAUCUUUGGAACACAGACGCCUUGCAGCGGACUACCGAGGGCAUCAUAGCCCUGCUGCUGUCACUGAAGAAGAAUCCGUUGAUUCGUUACGAAAAGAAUAGUCGCAUGUCGCACAAGCUGGCAACAGAGGUGCGGUACCAGAUCACACAGGAAGAGCAGUUGUUCGACUUCAGGAAGACUGACACACCGCCGAUACUGCUCAUAAUCGAUCGACGAGACGACCCAAUAACGCCGCUUCUAACCCAGUGGACAUACCAGGCUCAAGUGCACGAGCUGCUUGGUAUACACAACGGCCGUGUGGAUUUGGGAGCAGUACCGGACAUCCGACCAGAAUUGAAAGAGAUCGUGCUGUCGCAAGACCAAGAUCCUUUCUUCAAGAAGAACAUGUACCAGAAUUUCGGCGAUCUCGGCGGGAACAUUAAGGAGUAUGUUGAGCAAUAUCAGUCUCGCACGAAAUCGAGCGCUCAGAUCGAAUCAAUUGCCGACAUGAAGCGCUUCGUAGAGGACUAUCCGGAGUUUCGGAAGCUGUCCGGCAAUGUGUCCAAGCACGUCGCCCUCGUGUCGGAAUUGUCUCGACGAGUCUCGGCAGACCAGCUCCUCGAUGUGUCCGAGCUGGAACAGUCCCUCGUGUGCAACGACAACCAUGCCGCCGAUCUGCGAUCGUUGCAGAACCACAUCCAGAAUCCUGCCAUUCCAGCCGACAACAAGAUUCGACUGGUAGCACUGUAUGCUAUUCGAUAUGAGAAGAACCCAAACAAUGCUCUGCCAGUCCUGCUUGACUUGCUCACUACAGUCGGCGGCGUCUCAUCGCAUAAUCUUGCAGUUAUCCCGCAGAUUCUGGCCUACCAUCAUUCACUUCAACCAGCACCUGCAGCAGGCGGCUUCACAGGGCUCUUCGAGGGAGAAGCUUCGCCGUUCUCCCAAUUUCGACGAAACCUGAAUCUUAAAGGCGUCGAAAACGUGUAUACCCAGCACUCGCCGAGACUCGAAAACACGCUGCAAAAUCUUAUCAAAGGUCGUCUGAAGGAAGUGCAGUUUCCAUUUCUCGAAGGUCAUACGAGGGACAAACCUCAAGAUAUCAUCGUAUUCAUGGUCGGAGGCGUGACUUACGAAGAAGCAAAAAUGGUGGCACAGGUCAAUGCCAGUGUGCCUGGUAUCAGAGUCGUCCUUGGCGGUACAGGUGUGCACAACAGCGAGACCUUCCUCGCUGAAGUGGGUGAUGCGGUUGGCAGCUGGCCGGAUACGGCGCCCACGAGUGCGCAGGGAAGGCUAAAUAGAGCUGUUGGUCGAUGA